AUGGUUGUCCUUCUUCUUCUUCUCUUGUUUCACUUAGCCCCUUGUGCAACCUCAUUAAACUUCAGUUUCCCCACCUUCCCAAAUGGCAUCAACACCCUAUCUCUCGAGGGAGAUGCUUUCGUCGACGGUGAUUUCCUCCGACUCACCAAAAGCGCUGCUGACGACGUGCAAGACCAAAGCGUCGGUCGAGCCACCUACAGCCAACCCUUCCUCCUCCGCGACAACGCCACGGGAAAACUCGCCGACUUCACCACAAAUUUCACAUUUGCCAUUGACUCGCUAGACAAAACACCCUAUGCAGAUGGGCUCGCCUUCUUUUUGGCUCCAAACGGGUCUGCACUCAACAGAACAAUAGGCAGAGGCGGCUCUCUUGGCCUCCCCGUCAUAAACCCAGAAAAAAACGAGUCCACGAAUCUGUACCCGUUUGUAGCAGUGGAGUUUGAUAUCUACUCAAAUAACUUCACUUCUGUCGAAGAUCCCGCCGGCGAUCAUGUUGGUAUUGAUGUCAACUCUGUCAAUUCUAAGGUUACCAGGGCGUGGAAUGGUAGUAUUACAAAGGGACGACUCAAUAAUGCUUGGAUUCGUUACGAUUCUGGAUCAAAAAAUCUUAGCGUUACAUUUACUACUUAUGAAAAUGGUGUCCGGGUUAGAAGGUAUUUUGAUUACAUGGUUGAUGUGAAUGAGAUUUUGCAGGGUUGGGUGAUUGUUGGGUUCUCUGCUGCAACAGGUGCUAUGACUGCUCUGCACAAGAUCAACUCAUGGAGUUUCAAUUCGACAUCGCUGAUUGAUGAGAAUGCAAAUAACAACACACCAGUAGCUCCUGAGCCGACCCCCAUUGUUGAACCCGGGUCAGGAAAUGGCAUCAACAUUGGACUUGUGGUUGGGCUGGUUGUUGGUGGGUGUGUUCUUUUGGUUGGUGGGUUUUGUUUGGUUUGGUUCAUUUUUUGGAAGAAGGGGGGAACAGGGGAAAGUAGCGACAAUGAUGAAGAUCCUAUGAUCAACGAUCCAAUUGAUGACGAAUUCGAAAAGGGGACAGGCCCAAAGAAGUUUUCGUACAAGAUGUUGGCUCAAUCGACAAACGAUUUUGACGAGGGAGAGAAGCUUGGAGAGGGAGGGUUUGGUGGGGUUUACAGAGGCUUCGUAAAAGAUUUGAACUCAUAUGUUGCUGUUAAGAGGGUAUCAAGUGGGUCUAGACAGGGGCUGAAGGAGUACGCAGCAGAAGUAAGGAUCAUCAGUCGACUUAGGCAUCGAAAUCUGGUGCAACUCAUUGGUUGGUGCCACGAAAAGAGAGAACUCCUACUUGUUUACGAGUUCAUGUCUAAUGGAAGCUUAGAUUCCCAUUUGUUCAAAGGAAAAAGCUUGUUAUGUUGGGAGGCAAGGUACAGAAUUGCUCAAGGCUUGGCGUCCGGAUUGUUCUAUCUACACGAAGAAUGGGAACAAUGUGUGUUGCACAGAGAUAUCAAAUCCAGCAACAUUAUGUUGGAUUCGAAUUUCAACGCCAAACUGGGAGAUUUCGGGUUGGCUCGACUUGUUGACCACGGGAAACAAUCACAAACCACUGUUCUGGCUGGAACCAUGGGCUACAUGGCUCCUGAAUGUGUCACCACAGGAAAGGCUAGCAAGGAAACAGAUGUUUACAGUUUUGGAGUUGUUGCUUUGGAGAUAGCUUGUGGGAGAAAACCCAUUGAUCCCAAGUUGGGAGCAAGUAAAAUCAACAUGGUAGAGUGGGUUUGGGAGCUUUAUGGACAAGGGAAAGUCAUUGAAGCAGCUGACCCAAAAUUGUGUGGGGAUUUUGAUGAGAAACAAAUAGAGUGCUUGUUGAUUGUUGGGUUGUGGUGUGCUCAUCCAGAUUACAAGAUCAGGCCUUCGACACAACAAAUCAUUCAAGUUCUUAGCUUAGAAGUUGCGCCGCCUAUUCUUCCAUCAAAGAUGCCAGUAGCCAGCUACUUUUCUCCUCCGGUAUCAUUUUCAAUCUUGUCCGGUGAUGUUACUGGUUCUGAAAGGGGUCAAACAGAGUCUUUAAGUUAUGGUUACAACACCAAUUCAUCACAGUUCACCUCAUCUUCCGCUUCCAAUUCUACUCCAUCAGCUUCACUUUUGUACACAAAUUAA